CGAAACGAUGUCCACCUUCAUCCAUACCCUCACGGACGCGUCAGAAGAAUUAAUAACAUGCCAGGCCCACAAACCGCCCCAAGUCAUUUCUCUACGCCUACACGACCCAUCCCAACGAAGCUUCCACGGUCACCUUUAUUUUCCUCUUUCCCGAUCCCCCUGUUUCAUUUCAACUUCUUUCAUCCUCUACUACCCAUAAGCCCACGACAACCCCGCCCACGACCUAUUUUCAUGCAUGUUCCCGAUUCGUUCCAUUUCUUUUCACACCCUCACACCUCCAACAACUUAACAUUACCUCCAUGUUCACCUCGAGUCUCGAUGCAUCUCCUUAUAACCCAUCCAAGACCCAUAAAAUUCUCACAGUAUCUCUCUUACACAAACCCAUUUUCCAAUCUCUUUCGCAUUUCCAUCAUUUGCCUCCGAAAUUUAAUGUUCACAGUAGCAAUUUCUCAACAACUGCUAAGCCUUCUCACCUCAUGCAUAACCUUCUGCUGUAUGAUACCAUUACACAUACAUGCCAAAUAUUAGCCAAAUUGGGUUUGCA